AUGACAAUGAUGGUGACCUUGCUGCCACAUCGACAACGAUCCAUAUUAUUGUUGUCCCUGUUCGCACUACUACUUCUGUUAAACUUGGCAUCAGCAGCAACAACAGAAAUAGAUGGCAAUGGCAAUGACAAUGACCAACAACAGAUAGAAUAUUGUAAUAAUAAUAAUCAAUAUAGUAGUAGUAGUAGUAGUAGUAAUAGUAAGAGUAGUAGUAUUAGUAGUAGUUGUAAUAUCGAUAGUAUUAUAGAUGAUGAUUUGGACGAUAAUGUAUAUAAUGAUAAUAAGCAGCAGCAACAGCAGCAGCAACAGCAGGAGACACAGCCAAACAAUGUUGGUGAUUCAUGUACAGUAGACAGUAGUGACACUGACAAUGACUUGGUUUUGGACCUCCAGCAGACAAUAGUCCAGGGCCAGGGCGACAAUGACAAUUUGGCUGCCAGCUCAGCCAAUCCAAACGACCCACCACCUCUCCAGGAGAUCUACUUCACACUGAACUUCACUGGCGACCCUGUCAACUGUACCACGUGCCAAUAUCCAGACCUGGAGGAUUUCUAUCCCAACUACUCCUGCAGCAAUGAUUCCAACUGGAAUGAUGGCAUCCUCACCUUUGACGAUCCAAUACCCUACAGUGAUGUCAUCGUCCUAAGGAAGGCCAUCAUCCAAAUAUACGGACAUUAUACACCAAUCAAUCCAAGCAUGGUCAUUCUGCUUGAUGAUGAUAUAUUCUCUGAUCAGUUCGACCCACCUUCAAAGAACUUGAGCUCAUGCCCCAACUGCGUGACUAGCUCGGAUAUAUACAUGCAGGUGUUCCCUAACGGACUGCCAUCAUAUCGAUACAAUGGCACCAACUCCUUCAAGUUCGUGGUCAGUGGCAACUCGACAGAGAUCUGUUUGUCGACUGUGUGGGUGAUCUUCUUCUAUGGACCCACCAGCUACACGGUCGAGGAGGUCGUGCCAUCACAGGGUCCGGCCACAGGCGGCACGCCCGUCAACAUCUAUGGCACAGGCUUCGCGCAGGACAUCACCACCAUCUGCCGAUUUGGAACGAUCACCACCGAGGGCACCUAUAUCAACUCGUCCCUAGUCACAUGUACCACGCCCAACCUCGGCUUCUCCAUCAAUGGAUUCUUCAAUGUCUCUGUUCAAGUCAGCUUUGACUCUGGCGUGACCUACUCCUAUCCCAACACAAACGCCAACUUUAGUUUCUUUUAUUUCCCUUCAAAGCCAUUGGUACCAAACAAGAUUGAUAGGAUCAUAAUCAUUGCGAUCGGAGCAGGUUUGGCAGCAGCCUUCCUCACUGGAAUUGUCGUUUACUUUAUGGUGAAGCGAUGGCAGAGUAAUCGUGGCUUCUUCCCCAACUCGAUCAAUAUCAACCAUGACGAGAAGACGCCACUGAUAUUUGGCACGGCCAACUAUAAGACAUUGUUUGAGAUCAAGCCGAUAGACAUGAGCGAGAUUGUCAUUCAGAAUAGAAUUGGUCGUGGCAGCUGCGCCGAAGUGUUCACGGGCACAUGGCGUGGCAUCAUUGUGGCCAUCAAGAAGGCCAAGCUGCUGUCGGACGACGACGAGGACUUCCUGACCGAGUUGGCGCAGGAAGCCGCUAUAAUGAGUCAGCUGCGACAUCCAAACGUGUGUCAGUUCUUGGGCACAUGCAACAAUCCUCCAGAGGUACUCAUUGUCAUGGAGUACAUGCCACUGGGCAGUCUGUACAAGAUCCUUCACGACCAAUCCAUCGUGUUGGACUGGAAACGCAUCAAGAGCAUUGCGAUGGACAUUGCCCGAGGCAUGAACUAUCUCCAUUGCAGCGACCCAAUCAUCAUUCAUCGCGACCUAAAGUCGCACAAUUUGUUGGUCGACGAACACUUUAGAGUGAAGAUCUCUGACUUUGGUCUGUCCACGAGGUUCAAGCAGCAUCUGGACAAGAAGACCACAAUGACACCAGUGGGCACUCCAUGUUGGACCGCCCCCGAGGUGCUCCGCAAUGAUCCCUACACCGAGAAGGCUGACAUCUUCUCGUAUGCCAUCGUACUUUGGGAGUUGGUCACCAGACAGGACCCCUACCAGGGUAUGCCAACAUUCCAAAUCGUCAUAUCCGUUGGACAACACAGGCUACGUCCUGUCGUUCCUUCCAACGUCUCUGGAGCAUUCACAAGAUUGUUGACUGAAUGCUGGUCAGAGGAUCCAACACAGAGGCCUUCAUUCCAAGAGAUUGUCAAGAGAUUGGAAGGAAUGGAUAUUGGCAAGGACAAUGAACCUUCGAUACAGUAG